AUGCGUCGCACUGUUCGCCCCGUAGCGGCACAGACAAUCAGCGCUCGUAGUAAGCUAGUAGCAAUGACUGGAGACCUUAACCAGGAACACAUAUCCGGAGACCUUUGGGAUACCGCAGGGCAGGAGAGGUUCCAGAGCAUGCACCCAUCCUACUACCACCAGGCACACGCAUGCGUCCUGGUCUUUGAUGUUACGCGAAAAAUAACUUAUAAAAACUUAAACACCUGGUUGUCAGAGCUGCGGAAAUAUCGCCCGGAAAUACCAUGUUUCUGCGCAGCCAACAAAAUUGACAAUAUCGAAGUGACGAAUAAAGCGUUCAACUUCGCAAAGAAAAACAACAUACCCUUCUACUUCGUUUCGGCAGCAAACGGCACAAAUGUUGUGCGAGUAUUUACAGACGCAGUUCGAGCAGCUGUAGCUUACAAAGAUAAUUCUGCAGACGCCCUGGACCAAAUCAUGCAGGAACUUGAAGUAUGA